AUGACUGCCGGGAAGAUUUGGGACCGGGACAAGUGCGCGUCGACGCACAGUGGAAAAGAGAUGACGGUGAGGACAAGGAGAGCUCUGUGGCUGGUGAUGGGCAUGCUCAGUCUGUCCCUGCUGCUUGUGGUGCUUGGGAUUUACACAACGACCCGCACAGACAGCCUCAACGUCAGCGGCUACAUCUCUGGAGUUAUUUUGACCUUUGGAUCAUUCCUGGGACUUCUUGGACUCUGCUUAGAAGAAAACCGCAAACAGCUGUUAUCGGCUGCCAUAUUGUUCCUCAGCUUUGGGAUCAUUGCAUCCUUUCUAUGCCUGUUGAUAGAUGGGGUCUUCAUUGUCUUUAAUAUGGACAUCCGUCCUCUGAGAGCAGGCAGAUGUCAGUUCUACACCAGCGGCAACAGCUACAUCUAUGAGAACGUGUUUGCUACUGUGCCCUGUCGUAACCUGAAGGAGUCCUGUAGCAUGACAGUAAGGAGUGGGACCUGCUACUGCUGUGACCUGUACGACUGUGCCAAUGGGGGAUACCUGAGCAACUACUAUGAGUUUGUUGGGGUGCAGAGCUGCCAGGAUGUAAUGACUCUGUACAUCCUGAUCUGGAUCCUGAGUAGCCUCAACCUGGUGGCUUUCUUUACAGGCAUACUGACCACAGCAGUGCUGGGCAACAUCAAAUACCUGAGGAGCAGUGGUCCUGUCUUCCAGUCUCCUGAGACUCCUACAGCCCCUCUGCUGAUAGACACGAGUACACACACGUCACACCAGCUCCAACCGAAAGGCUCCAUGUUCUUUCCAACAGGAGCAGGUUCAGUCACAUCUCAGAGUGAGCCAUCACCCAAACUCACAUUCACAGAGACCAACCCACCGCCCUUCGCCCCGCUGCCCCACCGGCUGCCUUACGGCGUCCAGCGCCUGCCCGACUGA